AUGGAAACCACAAAAGAGGACCUGUCUAUUGUUUCUUCUCAAAAUAAAGAAGAAAUGAAAACCACAAAAGAGGAGCUUUCUAUUGUUUCUUUUCAUAAUGAAGAAGAAAUAUUUUCUCCGCAAAAACUUGACGUGAAACUUCCAAAUCAAACAGAAUAUCUUUCGCAAAUAGUUUGGUACUUAUACUAUCAUGAAAUAAUCAAUUUUCCGAAGAUAGGUGGUUCUCUUGCAAAAUUAGUAUAUUUCUCAGUAAAUUCGAAUUCUUCGUCGAGUAACGAAGAGAAAGGAGGACAAUUGAAUUUUAAAAAGUUUGAUGCAGGAAAUAUUGAUGAAUGCAUCGAGUUUGUCGAGAAUCUUGUUGCUGAGAUAAGAUCUCGUAAUGAUAACAACAAAGUAUUAGUGAAAGCAACAGGUGGUGGUGCGCAUAAAUACUGUGAAAAGUUUAAUAAUUUGGAGGGAAUUAGGAAGCUUGUAAAUAUUGGAUCUGGUGUAAGUAUAUUAAAAGUAUCUGGACCAGAUCAAUCUGAAAGAAUAUCAGGCUCUUCGUUGGGAGGAGGCACUUACCGGGGCUUAAUAUCUCUGUUAACUGGGGCAAAGUCUUUUGAUGAGAUGCUGGAAUUGAGUAAAAAUGGAGAUAAUACUAAUGUGGAUCUAACAGUCGGUGAUAUCUACGGGGGAGCUUACACAAAACGGUCAUUAAAAUCUUCAGUCAUUGCUUCAUCGAUGGCCAAAGUUUUCAGGGAAAAUGUGCCUCAAGAUUUGAAUCAUGUACGCAAAGAAGAUAUUGCAAAUUCUUUGUUGCUUAUGUUUAGUAACAAUAUAGGACAAAUCGCGUAUCUGAAUGCACAAGUCCACGGGUUAAAGCGACUCUAUUUUGGGGGACAACCAAUCAUUAUGAACGCACUAUCAAACGCCAUAAAGUUUUGGUCUCAAGGGACCAUGAAGGCAUUAUUUCUUCGACGUGGUGGAUAUUUGGGUGCCGUAGGUGCAUUUGUUGAUGGAAGUGAUCAUCAAUACUGUGAAUUUAUCUUAUAA